GGGAGAGAGCGGUGAUGCAGCGUUGGAGGCUGGACUGCAGGCUGAGUAGACUCCACAAGUGGAAGGACAGACGCUCAAGUCAAUGGAGAGACUGAUCCCCGGUGCAGAGUGUGCAGGGAAGUGAGGAUGCGAUGCCUGUAUGAGUCCAGGUAGAAUGAAGAGUAGGAUAAACACCUUUGGUGAAGGGUUGAUGCUACUUUGCGAUAUGGCACGGAUUUGCACUCUCGCAAAUGCGCAUUUUGCAAAAAUGACAUAGCACCUGAGACCAUGGGAUUGCACCAGGAACAUAACUCACUCACAACCUGAAUGAAAAGAGAAAAGGGGGACUCUAUUCACGCCGGAAUUCACGUUUGGUUGCUUUAUUCUUAUACCUGGCGGUUGUGAGCAGAGUGAACUAUGAAUCUGGGCAAAGCAAUUUUGUUUUUCCUCCUUUCUAACUGUGUGACAAUAAUUCUGUCACUAUCCACUUGCACCACUGUGGACAUUGACCAUAUCAAGAAGAAAAGAGUAGAGGCUGUCCGGGGCCAGAUUCUCAGUAAGCUUCGACUGACCAGUCCACCUCAAACAACAGGUCCGAGUCAGGUACCGUUUCAGGUUCUGGCCCUCUAUAAUAGCACCAAGGAGCUGAUUGAGGAGCUGGGAAGAGACAGGCAGCAAAGCUGUGGGCAGGAUAACACAGAAACUGAGUACUAUGCCAAAGAAAUUUACAAGUUCAACAUGGUCAAUGGUCCUCCGGAAAACAAUGACCUCCCUUACUGCCCAAAGGGAAUCACCUCCAAGGUAUUUCGCUUCAACGUCUCCACAAUGGAGAAGAACUCCACCAACUUGUUCAGGGCCGAGUUUCGAGCUCUGAGGAUCCCCAACCCCGCUGCCAAGAAAAACGAACAGAGGAUUGAGCUCUACCAGAUCCUCCAGAAAGAUGACCCCAAAGCCAAACAGCGUUAUGUCGGGGGCAAAAACGUUCUGACCAAGGGGAUGCUGGAGUGGGUCUCUUUUGACGUUACUGAGACAGUGAGGGAGUGGCUCAUGUACAGACAGACCAAUCUGGGCCUGGAGAUCAGCGUACAUUGUCCCUGUCACACCUUCAAGCCCAACGGGGACAUUAUUGAGAACGUCAACGAGGUGCUGGAGGUCAAGUUUAAAGGUAUGGAGGCAGACUUUGAGGAUCUGAGCCGAACCAAGAAACAAAGGGAGCAGCUGUACCCCCAUCUCAUUCUCAUGAUGCUGCCUCCCCACAGACUGGACACACACUCCUCCUCCCGCAGGCGCAAAAGAGCACUUGACACCAACUACUGCUUCAACAACUACGAGGAGAACUGCUGUGUGCGGCCACUUUAUAUUAAUUUCCGCCAGGAUUUGGGCUGGAGAUGGAUCCAUCAGCCCGAGGGUUACUACGCCAACUUCUGCUCGGGUCCUUGUCCUUACCUACGGAGCGCUGACACCACCCACAGCACGCUGCUGAGUCUGUACAACACCUUGAACCCGGAGGCGUCGGCCUCGCCCUGCUGCGUCCCCCAGGACCUGGAGCCCCUCACCAUCCUCUACUACGUGGGCCGCUCGCCUAAAGUGGAGCAGCUGUCCAACAUGGUGGUCAAGUCCUGCAAGUGCAGCUAGGAGGAGCACAAAGACAUGUCCUGCACUACUCAGGAGCGGCUCAAAGAGCUUUGAAGAGCUCCUUCUUCAGCCUCAUAAGACCCAGCUCCAUCUCACAGACCACGUCAAGACUGAUGACGCUGUCAAACCCAACCGACCUCUCCAUGACCCUUCUUUAACCAUCUUUCUUACGUUCCUAUUUCAUAUUCCAGCAUUUUCUACAUUCUCAUCCUGUUUUGAUCAAAAGGAGAACAGAACAAAACUUGUCUUGGAAUGACCACUACAUUCUUAAGGACGUAGAAACAUCGCAGUCCAAAAGAACGUUGAGAAAAGAAAAAAAAAAUGACUGAAAAGAGAGCCUGAACUCAGCAUGACACGACACAAAGGACGCGUUUGGAUGUCUGAGCUGGAAAGCAAUGCUGUGCUACACUGUGUAUUUAGGAUUAAAUGCUGUUGAAAAAAAAAAUAUGAUGGAAAUGCUGGAAACCAACCUACUCCAAGUCGUAGUUCAACAGGGAUGCUGAUACCUCUGCAUUGCAACAAGGAUUAUUUCACUUGAAAGUAACGCCUGUCUGUUGUGUGAAAGCGUGGGAUGGGCUUUGGACUGCAUUUCCUUGAUUGGCUAGCAAUUAAUACAUGAAUUAUCUUUGUGUUAUUUUAAUAUUAUUUUUCAUGGACUGGAAGAUUCUGCCUCUGAAUGUUCCAAACUCCUGUUUCCAUGCUGGUGUCACGAACAGCAGAAUAAUGUUGUGGCACAGAGUGAAUGUAGCUUAACCUCAAGUCAACAAGUAGUAAACACCACAAUAUUUCAAGACAAUCCAAUCCAAUUUACACAAUGACUUAUGUAUGGCCAUCUUGAAUGAGAGUCUGGAUGUCACCACAUGAACACUAACUUAGAUGACAAACUGUAAAUUAUGUUCUUAUUAUGCCUGGAAACACACCUUUUUUUAUUAAAAUGACAGUUGGGUAGA